UCUCGUUGUCUGCUUUAGUCGUCUGCUAACCGUUGCCAGUAUCUCCCUUUUACUUAAUUUUCAUAUAUUUGUGAACAAAACAACACCAGCCCACACAGCUGACUGCUCAGGGCUCACAACAGUCGGAAGCCAUUCACCGAGCCAUUCACGUGCUCAUUGUAAUUAUCAGAAGGAGCAUGCAGUUUUAAUUGCGACUACGAAGUCUUCCUAUCCUAGAAGUAAAAUGAGCUGGAAGAAAGAUACUUUAGUUCGUAUGGUGAUCAAGUUACCCACGUGUGGAACAUUGCUAAACAUGCCACUUCAGCUGGAUUUUGUUGAACGCCUUAUCGACAAUGAAGAAGAACAUAAGAAAUUUGUUUUGCUUUGCGAAAGGCAGUUCAAUGCUGGUGUUCCUUCUCACACCAUUUAUGAAAUAAAAAAGCCAGAUGAACAAAGUUAUUCGAAGAAUAACUCAGAAAUAGAUUCUGAAAUGGAGGAAUUUGAUAGGAGAAUCACAUCGCUCAGUAAACUUUCUUCAGAUGAAGACAUUAUUGUGCAAAUAUCAGAUGAUGAAAAAGAAAGUGAAGAAAAAGUGAAUUCAAGACUCAAUCUGUCCACGUCUUUGUCUCCUUACUCAUUAAAUGAAUCACUUGAUGAACAACUUCACACAAAUUCUAGGUCUGCAUCUCCACAAACAGAUGAAACAAGAAAGAAGAAAGAUGCUAAGGAAGAAACAAAGAAAGUUAUCUGGGCAAGCUAACAGAGUGUCAUCCCAAACAAGGCAUUCGAAAAGCUGUUUCCACAGAAAAGACUGCACACACAUACGAUGAUGACUGGUUAAAGGAAUCACAAGACGAAGCAAAAUACCCCACAACUUCAAGAACACUCCGUGCUCGUCAGAACGUUGGACUGACCCAACAUACUGAAAGCCAUUCUCCAAUCAUUAGGUAUUCCACACCAAACCAUGAAAGCCGCGGAGGUUCAUCAAAACUAGAUUCUCAGUCGAUUUCUUCUUACCACUCUUCCGUUGAAAACCGCAAAACUUCAACAGAUCGCAAAUAUUUUC